GUGGAGCAGCAGCGUCGCGUGCUGCGGAAUCCAUUCAGUAGGUCGUAGCUGCGCGCGGUUUGGCUGCAGAUGCAGGUCGCUGAGUGUGAGCGCGAGGCAGGGGGGGGAAAUGGCGAACGGGAGCGGGCGGCGGUGCGCCUCGUGAGGAUACAGUAGACACCCGGAGCGGAGACAGGCUGCAGCUCGAGGACUGACAGGAGAAAGGAAAGGAACCAUGGAGGACUCUGAGCCCGCAGAGGACGGCUUGCUCGCGGGCUUGCGUUGGAACCGGAGCGCACGGGACCAGGCUCAGCUCAAACACAAAAUCCGGGAUCUGCCAGGGCUACUCAAGCACGGGCUGCACCUGCGGAAGAAGAGCCAGUCACCUGACACUAUCCCCGGACCAAGCAGUGGACCUGCAGUACACAAGUCUUGUUCCCAGAGUUUUCCAUGUGCUGGUCGGACUGUGAGGAAUGCCUUCCUCUCUCAUGGACCAUAUCCAGCCAAAGACAAGAUACACCUGGCCAGAAUCAUACGGCGUAGCUACGUGGGCGUGGAGCUGGUGCAGUGGCUGUGUGAGCAGUGUGUGUAUGUACGCUGUCGGACUACUGCUGUGCGUGUCUGGCAGGUGCUGCUGGAGCUGGGAGUCCUGCUGUCUGUAGACCAGCGGGUGGUGUUUUCGGACUCCAACUCCUAUUACCAGUUCAGCUUUGAGGAGUGUGACUCCCCCUCCUGUGAGUUUCGCUCCAAUGAGGGGGAAUGGCCAGAGGCAGUUAGGCUUCUCCUACAACUUGCCCCAUAUGUCCAGUUUCGCUCUGGUGGAGGGGCCAACAGCCCGUCAGAGGAGGACUCUGAAGGCAACAGGGACAUCUGCAGUGAGAUUCUCCAGAUGAAAGCUCUUGAGAGGCUCACUUCUACGGUACAAAGUGAGUUGGCGGCUGCUCUCGCCCGAAAGACUCGCAAAGCUUUAUCAGAGCAGGACUCUGAGACGACAGAGACGAGCCAACAGGAGCCUCGCACACCCAGCGAGGAGACUAGCCCGCUGGGCGGGGUAUGUGCACUGCGGGGUGACAGCGGAGGCAGCGUUGGAGGAAUGGGGACAUGCGGCCGUGAGGAUCUGACCAGCCGCCUGGGGCUGGAGGCCGUUCAGCGGCUGGCCAAGGACGGCUGUCGGCUGCUACAGAACCACAACUACCGGCUGCCCGACAGAAACCAGGCGGAGGCGUUGGGGAGGGUUUGUCUGAAGGAGAGAGGACGGGACGUGUUGGUGUUGCGGAGAGUGACAUCAUCAGUGACGUCACCAUCGGACCGGCCCUCACCCACAUCGUCAGGGGGCGGGUCCAGAGAGGAGGACUGUGACAAGAGGUAUGUGGUGGUGUCGGGGACGCCUCUCAAGAUCUUGGAGCAUCUGCUAAGUGAUCUGCGGUUGGACGACCAAAGAGGGGCACCAGAGAGCAGGGAGAGCGAAAUGCUGCUGGAUGACUUCCUGUUGACCUACCUGGUGUUCAUGUCCACCAAUGACCUCUGUCAGGCUCUACUGGGACACUAUAGCACUGCCCGCUGCCGGGGCCAGGAGGAGGGCAAAGACACCCUCUUCAGGAAGCGCAAGGUACUGCAGCUGGUCUCCCACUGGAGCAGGCUCUACAAGGACUUUCUCAAGGAUGAGGAGCACGUCAGGAGCUUCAUGAAGACCCUGUACAGGUGUGUUUUAGAAGAUCUGUAUGAGUUCCCCACUCUGGAGAAAGACCUGAAGGAGUUUCAGAAACUUCUGCGCCGCAGACACACUGUGGAUGACUGCCCUCCAAACCAAAAGAGUAAACAAACGUAUCAGCAGUUGAGUUUAAAGGAAAACAGUUUGCAACUACGAAGUCUACCGACUGACACUAGAGAGGUUAUUUGCUGCGUGUACGUGAGCACUGAUUCCUAUUUGAGUAUCCACACACACCCCUCACUUGAGGCCCAUGAGCUGCUAAGGAUUGUGGGUCUGAAAAUGGACAGAGCAGAAGAAGACAUGGUGCUUGCUGUGGUCUCACACACCGGAGAGCGGAGAGUGUUACAGCCCAGUGACUGUGUAUAUUCAGAGUCUCUGACCCCACAGGGAAAGCUCAUGGUCUGUCGCAGGGAUCUCACUGAGAUCUUGCCUCCUUUAACAGACAGUGCUGAGCUAAGCAGGAGGCCGGUGCGACUCUUAGGUAUUAACACCUGGGAUGUGGCAGCUGCUCUCACACACUUGGACUGGAGCCUCUUCAAAUCCAUCCAUGAGCAAGAGCUGGUGUACUACACACUCAGUCGUGCUGCUGGUACCGGCCACACGGCAGCACUCUCAGUUCUGCUCCAGCGCUGUAACGAGGUCCAGCAGUGGGUCAUGUCCGAGGUGCUCAUGUGUGUAUCGCUCAACAAGAGAGUACAGCUGCUCAAGAAGUUCAUCAAGAUCGCAGCUCAUUGUAAAGCCCAAAGAAAUUUGAACUCUGCAUUUGCCAUCAUCAUGGGUCUUAACACAGCAGCUGUCAGCCGACUCAAUCAAACCUGGGAGAAAUGUCCAGGGAAGUUCAAGAAGCUUUUCUCAGAGCUCGAGCUCAUCACGGAUCCAUCUCUGAACCACAAAGCCUAUAGGGAAUCUUUCAAGAGGAUGAAACCUCCCAAGAUCCCUUUCAUGCCUCUUCUCCUGAAAGAUAUCACCUUUAUCCAUGAGGGAAAUAAGACCUUCCAUGACAACCUGGUCAAUUUUGAGAAGUUGCAUAUGAUCGCAGACACAGUGAGAAUGAUUCGCCACUGCCAAAGCGAUCAGCCAGGCAACGAGGUAAUCGGGGUUGACAGUGCAGAGGUGAGGGCGAGCGUUCACUACCUGCACAUUAUCGACAAUCAGCAGACUCUUUUCGAAUUGUCACACAAACUGGAGCCACGCGCUUAAACACACACACAACACACACACACCCAUGCCCUCAUAGACACAUACACACAAAAACACAGCGCAGUGGAAAUGCUUGCACCCAGAGUGCGUGAGACAUGGAGGACGCUUUGUUCAGCAAAAUGUCACACACUCACACAUACACAGUAACAAAAUCACAUGACCAGCAGUGGUGCCAAGUGGACAAUAGGGUGCCAUGUGUUCUGACACAGAGCUGCACACUACCUGUUCUCCAAAGGCUUUAUGACACUGAACAUGUGCUUAUAAAAGAAAUAAAGUUCAUACACGCUCUGUGAACUGUCUGCAGGAAGAGAUUCUGCACAGCAAGAUGGAGGUUUGCCAAACUGAGACCUAGAGUAGAGGACGCUGUAAUUAGUUUGUACAGUAUCUGUUGGACUGAAUAUGUUUUUGUUCUCGUGUUGAGCUUUUGGUUAUUUAUCAGCCUGUUCAGCAGGUGGAAUGUUCCUUUUUACCAAGGACUUGAUAGCCUCUUCAUCAUUUCAGUUUUCAAACACAAAACCGACUGUAGAGGAGUUAGCUUUGUUUAGAACCUGAUGGCCACAUUCCAGGAUACAUGCCAUAGAUAUUUAGGUGUAUGAUACAGAUUUUCUUUGGUUAUGGUGUGGUGGCAUAUUAUGUAACAGAAGCAGGAGCCAUUGUUGAAGCAGUACAACACUUUAACAUACCUACACUUUGUUUGCUUUUUUGCCUUUUCCCACUGAUGACCUAACAGCCUCAGUGGGUUGGUGCAACAUUAACAGUGUAUUGUAUCUGUCACGUGAAGGAAGCAUUGUCGGAGCAUUUACUGAAUGUGAUGUUUGAAACACUAAAGAUCUCCUGAACGUGCAAAGUUCAAAAACUGUUAGUGAGUAGUAAGUGUUUUUUGGUUCUACCUGUUUUUGUUUUUUUUGUUUGUUUUUUCCAUUUUACUCCUGGUUGACUUUUAGCCAAACACUCUCUCUGUCUCUCUGUGAUGUUUUUGUGUGAAUAGAUAAUGAUAAUUUUACAUUGAUACUUUAAAUAACAUGGACCUAUACAUUUUACUUUGCCAAAUGUCACAUUGAGUCCUGCAGCAUAGACGUACUGUAGAGCUCUUGGUUUGUUUAGGAAUGAAUGUCUUUUUUUAAUCACAGAAUUUGAUUUCCUUGAAUGAGACCUGGAAUGAUGUCUGCUCUUUGAUCAUGUAAAACACAUCUGACUCCUCGCAGAGAUGCUUGCUGACACUAUAAUGACUGAUUUCAAGGGUGCGUGAUAAAAGCCUACUCACCCUGGGUUGCUAUGGAAACACAGCCCCAUAAUAGAGCUUUUUUUUUUUUGCUUUAUUUUUUUAAUCCUCGAGUUAUAUUAUGUUAACAGAAAUGUCAAAGCGAUACUCCACAGACCUUUAAGAAAUGGCUUUAUUCAACAAAAUCAUGUUCAUGGGGAGAUUUUGACUGGUGAUUCAUUCUUACUGACUGAAAAGAUCACUUCAUUCAGAAGUGGUCUUGUGUAAACGGCAAAGACUUCCUCUGUUAUGGUCAGAAUCCAGCAGGAUUUUUGGUAGUACAGUUAUCACUCUAACGUUGGUUCUCAUUAUUUUGGCCCUCCAAUUAGAUAUUGGCUGAAAUAAAUGUGUUCAUUUCAAACGAAACAAAUCAUCCAAUUCUGACAAUAUCUUCCUGAUAAGGCCGUGACAAGUGGGAAAUAUCUAUUUGUUAUUCAGAUCAGUGAUGGAGCUGCCUGUCUUGUUGAUAAGAUUCACUCAGUAGUUAGUCUGUAGUCACCAGGAAGGAAAUGCAGCUUGGGAUGUGGGGAGUGACAAUGAUAAGACCAUGAGCAGUCUUCACAUCUCAACCUUAUUAAUGUUUGUGUUAUUUUGUCUGUGCCCUGUAUCUGCAUCAUGCAUAGCCAGUCACUUCAGUGGUUCAUUUCUGCUGAGUAGGAGGAAACAUCUAAAGAGUGUGAUUCCUAAAUGUUAUGUAGCGGUGCACGUCUUGCAUAGUUUGCAUAGUUAGAAAACAUGGGGGAUAAAGUGCAAUACUAUAAUAAUAUAAAUGUUGUUGCCACACGUGUUUCAUCUUUCAGAGCACAGACCUGCUUUCUCUUGUAGAUCUUAAAGAAUCAAAUAGACAAGCGAGGACUUAGAUUUCCAAAACUGUUCUUGUGCCAAACGCAUCUUUGGUUCAUUGCAAGAAAACCAUCAGAGAAGAUAUGAAGGUGAAGAUUCACUUUUAACCACAAUUCUUUUGUGACGAGCAGCAUAGUCAUUGUCUUAAAUAUUCUUGUAGAUGCUUUUAAACUGAAUGUGGAGUCAGUUUUUUGCAAAUUGAUUAAUUCAAAUUGGAAGCUUACUUGAGCCAUUUAAGUAUUUAUUAUUCAGAUAUAAAAUCUAAAGAAAUGAUAAAGAAGUCUAUUUAUUAUUCUGGAAGUGUUCCAUGAGAUAACACACGUGAGUCUUGAGAUUGUUCCUUUACAGGGAGUUAUUUAUAUCCACAAAUAUUACAUUUACAUAUACACCUUUACAAUGAUAAGAAUAGUCAUAAACAAAACUAAGUCAGUGAUUCUUCAUCUGCUGGAGCUGAUAGUCACACCAUGAUCUGUUCAUAUUCAGUGUCAAAGAAAGGCCUUGUGGUAGUUAUUUUUACUAUUAACCUGUACAUGACGCACACAUGCACAAACACACCUCUGUGCAUCGUGUUCAAAGAGCAGAAUAAUUGUGCUAUACUAGUUAUUUAUUGUAAUAUAUUGUUUAUUUAUUUAUUUUGAGGUGACAAACGUUCAUGUGCCAUGUUCAGAGAGGUUCAACCAUGUGGAAUUGCAUUUUUAGAAGAUGAUGCUGGAAUGUCAAAGUACUUGUUGUUUUGUUUUGGGGCCACUUGAGGGCAGCAGAAGAGCAAGUCAGUGUGACGAUGCCUGUCUGUUUCCUCUGGGGUCAGAUGCUGUAAUCGGAAAGAAACCAACAGCAAGGUGUAUUUAGUGUUUUAUCAGCCGUUGUCAUGACUGUGUAAAGUUACGUUUUUUUUUAAAGCAGUGUUGUUUAAAACCUGUUUGCAUGUUAAAACAAACAAAAGAAACAGUUCACAAUGCAAGAGAGGACACAUUGAAGGCUUUGUACUGUUGUAAUAUUGUUGAUGUGUAAAUAUAUGCCUAUGUUUGGUAUGUUGUUAUUUAUCAGCUGUAAAUGGGAAAAAAAAGUAGUCAACCACAAAGCAAUACGUCUCCCCUUGUGUUCCCUCAACCUUCUGACAGCUGAAGCCACAUGUAUUUUUUAAAGCUGCGUUUUACUAUGUCAGAUUUGACUGAAAUUAAUAAAUUAUAGGUUUUAUGUGA